GUCAUUCGAUGAGAGUAGUGUCUCUACGACAAUCGAGCGUGCUGGUGGUGGUAGGAAUUGUGGUUGUUGUGGUAGAGAUGAGGUGGAGAAGAAUUGCAAUCAUACUCUUCAUGGGGGCAGUUGCAAUCACUAUUAUCCUGUGCAGCCGCUUCACAGGGAACGAUGGACUCUACACGACACUUGAUGGGUUAAUUAAUGGUUUAGACAACGAAACAACUCCGAAAGCAGAAUUUGUCAUCAUCUUUUGCGAAGCAUCUUCGAACAAUCUUGGGAUUCUGGAAGUGAACUUAACCCGUCACCUGCGACAGAUCAGCGUCCUGCUUAAGUCAGCCGCGGCACUUACCUCCACUACCCUUAAAUUCAACAUCAUCACUGACACCACCGAGAUGUACCACGAUAUCAUCAACGUCACCAGAUCCUGGCCUGAGGCAUACCGUUCUCGCCUCAUCUUCGAUAACACCCGGGUCUUCUACCCUCCAAAGACGGAGGAAAUGCGGGACAUGUUUCGACCAUGCGCCACAGAAAGGCUUUUCUUACCACAGAUUUUCCCGCAGAAAGAUGCUCUCAUCUUCCUAGAUACGGAUCUCCUUUUUAUGCAGCCUCCGGAGGAUUUAUGGAAGGAGUUUCAGAACUUCGAGGAGCGCCAUAGUGUGGGAAUAUCGCCAUGCCUCUACAUGUAUGGACCAGGUUUCAAAAAGUUCCCCACCUUCGGCAGCAGUGGGGUCAACGCUGGGGUCAUCCUUAUGAACCUGACCCGCCUGAACCACUUCCCUUUGGGCUGGUUGAGUACCAUCGUGAACGUCACCAGGCGCUACAAGGGCAUGCUGAAAUUGGCCGAUCAGGAUAUUCUGAACAUAAUCUUCAGCAGGGAAAGGUCAAAUCGACUGUACGAAUUAGGAUGUGAAUGGAACUACAGACAGAUGGUUUGUUCAGAGGGGUGGAACAAGUGCCCAGGUGCCGCUUCUAGAGGGGUGGCACUCCUCCACGGUGCCGCCAUGACCUUCAUGAAUGGCCAGGAGAGACAGCUUCAGGCUGUGUUCGAGGCGUGGGAGAAGUACCAGUUAGAGCGGCCUUUGACGGAGCUGCUGGAACUAUUGGAAACUGCUCUGGAUAGUCAAGGCUCUACUGAAGGCUGCGGAAAGCUCUCUAACAUCAAGAGCAUACUCAUAAAAGGACUAGAACGUCAUAUUAGACUACAGGAUAGGGAAAAGAUCCUUAAACAUUGUAAAUCAUGACGGUGUGUGAAUUAACAAAGAUUGAAGAUAAUGUAACUCUCUGUGUAUAUAAUAUCUGAGUCAUGCAGUGCAUAAUGAUAUUGUGAUUUAAUACAAAAAACUUUGCUUUUGUAUUAAAAAAUUUGAGACUUUGUCCUCUGUAUAUUUAAAUUAUUUGAGGGUAAAGUUAAAUGUAAUUA